UCCUCCCUCGGCUUCACGUCUCCAUCCAGCACAGCUGAUGAUUAUGGCCAGCCUGUUAGCUGUUAGCUGUUAGCUGCCAACGCUACGGAACUUAGCACGCGGCUAGCGGUGUUAGCGUCGUUACAAAAAUGUGUAAGAUGCCUUUGAUCGCCGUCACGUUGAACGUGUAGAUUCUUUUUGCUCUUUCUUUUUCUUUUCUUUUCAAGACUUAAGCAACAGGUGUGUUGCGGAAUACGAGGCGGUUCGUGUGAACGCGUCCCCCCCACCCGGAAUACUUCACCGGCGCUAGUCACGUAAAAGCUAACGCGUCGCUUUGACAGCAGUAUCAAAGGAGUGUCCCGCUAAUUGGCUAACAAGCUAGUGCUAGCUAGCCGUUGGCUACUUCACAGCGGAGCUAGCUAGCUAAGCUAGCCAGCCAGCCAGCCAGCCAGCUAGCCACCUGUUUUUGUCAAGUACUUGGCUCGCGUGUGUAGCCUGUGCGUGCCCAGAACGACAGCUGGACCUGACUCUUGUGCUGCUGUCUGCGAUGUGCAGAGUUCCUACCGAUGCGUCACCUGACCUCCGCAGGUCCCUGUAACUAGCCAUAUAGUGUUACUGUCAAAACUAUCCCACACCUCUGCUUGACGACACUAUGGUGAUUUACACUCACUCCAGCCAGCCCACUGGGGCAGGAGUCCCCCGAAAGCAAGGUCUCCAGAUGAUAUGAUAGUAGCCGCCUGGAUCACUUUCUGUGCCUGCAGGAGCCUUGCGAGGGUUCUGCUCUUCCUUUCCUCCUCAAAGUCCCUCCCCUCAUUCUGGGAGACCCUCGCCAGUGCGGUCUCCGCCACUGGAACCAUGGGCAACAGCUGCGUGUGCCGCGAGGACAGCGAUGCGGAGGACCAUCACCACGGCUCGUCGAGGGCGACCCGAGGACAAGCCAGGCGGGCGGAUCACGUCGCGGGCGUAGGCGCCGACACCGGGGAGGCCCGGAGCAGUCGGCCGAGGGACCCGGUCCGGCCGCCCCGCCGCGGACGCGGGCCCCACGAGCCGCGGCGGAAGAAGCAGAACGUGGACGGACUGGUGCUGGACACGCUGGCUGUCAUCAGGACACUUGUGGACAAUGACCAAGAACCCCCUUACUCCAUGAUCACGUUGCAUGAGAUGGCAGAGACAGAUGACGGUUGGCUGGAGGUCGUCCAGUCCCUGAUUCGAGUGAUCCCAUUGGACGAUCCUCUCGGCCCCGCGGUGAUCACCCUUCUAUUGGAUGAGUGUCCCCUGCCCACCAAGGAUGCGCUGCAGAAACUGUCUGACAUGUUGAGUCUGAGUUCGGCCGUAGCACAACAGGAUGCUCUCAACCCCGCAAAGCACAGAAACACCACCGCUGUCCUGGGAUGCCUGGCAGAGAAACUGGCUGGACCAGCCAGUAUUGGACUAUUGAGCCCUGGAACUCUUGAGUAUCUUCUAGAGAGCCUGAGCUCGGAAGCCCAUCCGACUGUCAUGCUGUUUGCUCUCAUCGCUUUGGAGAAGUUCUCCCAGACCAGUGAGAACAAACUGACAGUGUCCGAAUCGUGUAUCAGCAAUCGACUCUCUGUCCUGGAGUCGUGGGCGGAGAAUCCCGACUACCUGAAGAGGCAGGUUGGCUUCUGCUCACAGUGGAGCCUUGACAAUCUGUUUCUUAAGGACGGUCGUCAGUUCACCUACGAGAAGGUCAACCUCACUAAUAUCAACGCCAUGCUGAACAGCAAUGAUGUCAGCGAGUACCUCAAGAUUUCCCCCACUGGACUAGAGGCUCGAUGUGACGCCUCGUCCUUUGAGAGCGUGCGUUGUACGUUUUGCGUGUAUUCGGGCGUCUGGUACUACGAGGUGACGGUCGUGACGUCAGGCGUGAUGCAAAUCGGAUGGGCCACCAAGGACAGCAAGUUCCUCAACCAUGAGGGCUAUGGAAUAGGAGAUGAUGAAUACUCAUGUGCGUACGAUGGCUGCAGGCAGCUCAUCUGGUACAAUGCUCGCAGUAAACCUCACUCUCACUCCUGCUGGAAAGAGGGAGAUGCCAUUGGCUUCCUGUUGGACCUCAGCAAGAAGCAGAUGAUCUUUUAUCUGAACGGACAUCAGCUGCCACCAGAGAAACAGGUCUUCUCGUCAGCCACGUCGGGUUUCUUCGCUGCAGCCAGCUUUAUGUCAUACCAGCAGUGCGAGUUUAACUUCGGGGCCAAGCCUUUCCGUCACCCACCCUCUGUCAAGUUCAGCACCUUCAACGACUUCGCUUCCCUGCAGCCCAGUGAAAAGAUCAUCCUACCCAGACACCGCCGCCUGGCCUUACUAAAGCAGGUUAGCAUCCGAGACAACUGCUGCACGUUGUGUUGUGACGUCAUGGCUGACACGGAGCUGCGGCCCUGUGGACAUGGUGGUAUGUGUAUGGAGUGUGCCUUACAGUUAGAGACGUGCCCCCUGUGCCGCCAGGACAUCCAGAACCGAGUCAGACUCAUUGCACAUGUCUCCUGACACGCUGCCUGCCCCUCCUCGCGCAAGGAGAGACACGCGAGCCCGACAGCCGCCGCCUCCUCCUCCUCCACCACCUCCCCGAGUCCCCUCUCACCCAACGGGGCAUUGGGGACAGCGCCACAAUGCUGUGACCAUGCCAGAACUGUGAGUUCUGGUCAGAGGAGACAACGACGGAGGAGUGGAGAGAAGGAAGAGAGGAAAUAAUAGGAGGGGAAUCUAAAAACCACGGCUGGAUCCCCCGGAGCGUUUACCUAUAUCUCCUCUUUUAUAUGCUUCUGACGACUCACUGCAGGAGCUGGGCCACGGGAGCGUCGACUGCUAUUGACAGUGUGAUUUUUCAGAUAACAAGAGCGGAACAUGGGGAGCAGAAACAAUUUUAAAGAGCCAGCUUCUCAUAUGCGUCUAGUUGUCAGAUGCCCUACGCUUUAAGCCCAGAGGCUACUACUAUUUAAUCCUGUCACCCCCCCCGUGCAUAUGUCUGCAGAUCUGAAAGGGCUGGAGAUAUCUGAAAAGAACACGGCCUUGUAGUACAGUAUUAAACCCAAGGUACAGAUAAAUUUGAGAUGCAUCGCACUGUCAUGUUUUUCGUGGUAUAGAUUUGCGAAAUUGUGUUGUUCUCGAGGUAGCAUUUUCAUUCUCUUUUCGUAAGGUUGCACCAAAACCUCCUGCUUUAAUCUGCGUCUGUCUGUACUGAUUGAUCGGCCGGCGGUUUGCCAUCAGAAAGAGAUUCCGAGUUUGUGUCGGAGAACUGGAGUGCAAUUUUCUGAUUUUGAAUUAUUGAUUUACAGAAGAUGUUAAAAGUCAAAUCAGCUGUCAUACAAAAAAGAACGUUGACAUGACAUAAUUCUUGUUUUACAACCAGUUAAACAAACAACAACAACAACAUACUUGAAUCUGUAUUGGGACUUUUUUUGAUUUUUCCAGCAUGGCUGACCCUGCUGCUUUUCUGUGCUGUAGUCGUUCAUGUGUGUGUCGCAACCACGGAAAAAAAAAAUCAAUACACAGCAAUUUCAAAUUUACAGACUACUAAUCUGUAAAUGAAAUUGCAUGUUUUUGCCCAAUUUUUUUUUUAGGUUCAAAUGUUCAGUAUGAUUAUGCAGUUGAAUUCCAACCCCACCCCCUCUCUGAAUUGAUCAUGGAUUGCUUGAUUGCAUCAGUAUAACUAAAGUCUUAAUUCUUGUUUGUGACUAACAAACACAUGGGUCUGUGUUUUACGACGACAAUCCAAAAGAUGUGAUGUUUCAGUUCGUAUCGUUAGAUGAUGCCAAACACUGAUGUAAGAAACGUGGCUGAGAAGCACAACCAGUUUUGUUGAUUGACAUUUAGUUUUAUCAGAUGCAGUAAAACCUCUCAGACAAAAUGUGAAAUGUUUGAGUCAAUUGUCUUUUCCCUUUUUUAUUAAUCAAAAAUACCCCAGGUCAUUGUUAAAAUUAUGUCAUUUUGAGGAUCUGAUUUGAUGGAGGAAAUUCUUCAGUGAAACGACCCACAGCAAAGUGACGUGACCGUAAAAUGUGUAGGCUUCAGUGUUGAUCUCGUCAAAACAAGUUUGGGUUAAGACUGGGAAAACUUUGUUUUCCCCUCUGUGCUUUUUAUAACACAGCAAAUCUCUAUGCUCUCUUUUCUUGCCAAUUCUUUCCAUCUUUCUCCCCCCAAUGUCUUCAACUGUGUGUUUUCUGUCUGUCUUUCUGUCUAUCCUUUACUUGAAUCAUCUCUGGGUGGACAGAAUGAUACAUGUCUUUUUGGAAACAGGUGACUAAAUGAACAUACAAAGAGUUUGUUAGUGUGACAUAAAAAAGGAAAAAAGAAUCUAUACCAUUUCAAAUUGAAACAAUUAAGUUUGAAUUCAUUUUGGUCAAAUUGUUUAUGAAACCAAAUUGCAUGAAAACAAAAUGUGUAUGCAAAAAAUCAUUCAGACUAUACUGGAAUGAUUUGUUAAAGAUAACAUGCAUCACUCAGUAUGACACACAACUGCUCGGUUCCCUGUUUUGAUACGCUGUGUUUUCCUGGUGCACCUUACACAUGCAAGUGAAAUAAAUGAUAUGGUUGUCCCUAUGGUUGAUGAGAUGAACUUCAUGAUUGUAAAGAAAAAAAAGUUGUGAGCUGUAUUUAAAAAAACAAAAAACAUCUAUAAAGGAAUUUUGCCCCAGAAGUUCCCAAAGAUGUGAUUUAUUGUGAUAUUUGUAAUAAAUGUACGUUCAUGUGA